ACUCGUUCAUUGUCGGUGAUUUCAAGCGAGAUAUGGCAUUGUUGAUUGUUGAUAGUUUGUGGCCGUGCACCUCGCUUGACGUCAUUGGCACUGAGCGGGGCCUAGUGCUCGUCUUUAUAAAAGGAAGCACCGUCUGUUCCGGGCUCGUCUAGUCUAUUCGAGUUCAUCAUCUAGCUCACCGACACCUCGAGUUUGGUAGCCAGCCUGAGUGUGUCAGGAGAGCAUACUGAAAAUGGUAAAGACGAUGGCACGAACUUUGUACAUCUGUAUUCUCUUAGUAACCACAACAACAUCAGUCACCAUAACUCCCUUAAAUAAUACUGUCAUUUUCGAGAGGCAGGGAGAUCUAGUUUUAGCUAGCCACAUUUGGUCGGUAGAUGUCCUCUUUAAUAUUUCAAAAAUUAAGGAAGAGAAAGUAGAAUUAAUGAUAAAUGUUUAUCAGCUAAGAAAAUCUGUCUUACAAUAUGAUGAUCAAAGCGAGAAUAAGGGGAGAUUUGGUGCCUUGUUACAGUCUCUACAGCAAUCGAUCACGGGAAUAGAUAAAGGUAUCCAGUCCUUAAUUACGUUAGGAACUAGCAGUAAGCGCAGGUAUAAAAGAUCUUUUAAUACCGGUGAAAAAAUAAUUAAAUUUCUGUUAGGCAAUCCUGAUCACGAGGAUAGAAAGCAACUCUUCAAGUCUAUCAAUAAUUUAAAUUUUGAGGAGGAGCAAAUGAAAAUCGAAGAGAAAAAUUUAAGGCUUAAAAUUACAAACACCGAAGGGACUCUAACGAGUGCACUUAAUCUUCUCAAAGAUAUGGGUAGAAAUAUAACGAUUUUUAAUUCAGAAUUUCAGGACCGAGUUAACGAAAACUUUCAAAAUAUUUCUGUCAAUCUUCAUAAGUUAAAACAUGAAAAUAUAAUAGAACUGGAACUAUCAGCUUUGAUCUAUUAUUUGUUAGAAGUUCAAACAGCAAUCAAUCAAAUUUAUGAGUCGAUACAAACUUCAUUGAAUCAUAAAUUAUCUCCAAAUUUAAUCGGUCCAGAAGUCCUCGAGAAAAUUUUGUCGACAAUAGAGAAAAGUUUGCCUGGGUCUCUUAAGUUAAUAGAUUUUGGUGAGAAUAUGUUACAACAAUACUUUCAUUUAAUAUCUGUAAAUACCAUAUUUAAAGGCGGAGAAUUAAUUUUUAGUCUAAAAAUACCGAUUGCGAAUGUAAAUAGCGUACUUGAAUUAUUUAAAAUUGUUCCUGUGCCACAGUUCGUGGAAGGAACUAAUUUAUCUGUCUCUUGGGAAUGUGCCCCAUAUUUUGUAAUUAAUUCACAGAGAGAACUUUAUGCAACAAUGAGCGAAGAGCAAAUACUUCAAUGUAAUGAUCUAGGAUUAAUCGUCUGUAAGUUGGAAUUGCCUUUAGCAACUGCAAGCGAUCCGACUUGCGAAUACUCAAUGUUGAUGGAGGAAGACGGAAAAUUAUGUGAUAGGUCUGUUAAAAUAGCACUACUCCUUUUGUAUAUUAAAAUAAGAAACUUUUCAGCAAUUAAGGUGACGAACGCGGCUUCUUCGCGAGUAUGCCGGGAGGCCACAAUUAAUCAGAAACAAGUAGCUGCUGUCUAUUUAAUGCUGGUCAUUCAGCAGAUCACCAUAUUCAUCAUGGUGGAAGCAAACAGCCAGUUGUUUCUCACGCUGCUCAGGGAAGACGUCGACUGGGAAAGCUACCCGGACUAUGGAAGCCAAGACCAGGAACCCAAAACGGGCACGGAAAACCUGCAGGAGCCCAAGCCUGACGCGAUAGACCUCCGGGAGGCCAACCAAAUAGGAGAAACGGAGCAAAGGAAGAAGAAAAAGUCGAGACAUGGCUCAAAAGCCAAGAACAGCAGGGAUCGAAGGAGAGCGAGAGCCUUCUUCCAACGGCAAAGGACUCGACCUCAAUGGAUUCAUGUUUCAAAAGGAGUAUAA